GUGAAAUAUUUAGCGGUAUGGUUUAAUUGCGAAAUAAUACACCAUAUUGGGUGUAUUAUCUGACUAAAAAUAUUUUAUUGUUAAAUUGGCGGCUGAGUAGCAAGAUGGCCGCCUUAACUUCGUCAGCUAUUGCCCUGAUAUUAACGGCACUAGGGUUAAACGAGUCCAUGUUCCCUGAUGAGGCAAAUUUAAAUGAUGUUACAACGUUUGACUAUAUCAUCGUGGGAGGAGGCACAGCCGGUUGUGUUCUCGCCAGUAGACUGGCAGAACUUGAGAACAGUACCGUUCUGCUGGUAGAGAGAGGUGAAGACCCACCACUAUUGUCUUACUUAUCAGGCCUAUUCUUCUUACUACCAAAAACAAGUAUUGACUACGACUACACUUCCGUUUUUGACGAUUACGCAGCGAGCAGCCAGGGUAACUACACCAGACUUACAUCAGGCAAAGGGCUGGGAGGCAGCAGUAUCCUCAACCAUCUUCUGUACGCAAGAGGAGUUCCAAGUGACUACAACUACUGGGCCGAAGUCACCGGGGAAGAAAGUUGGGCUUAUGACAACAUCCUCCCAUAUUUCAUUAAAAGUGAAACAGUUGACGACGACGAAGUUCUAAGCGCAUACCCCACAUACCAUGGAACAUCAGGUCCUCUUGGCAUUACCAGACAACUUCAUGAUGAUAAAGUAGCUGAUUAUCUGACAGCUUUCAAUGAAGCUGGAACUCCACCUGUAGUGGACUUAAAUGGUGAUGUCUAUGUGGGAGUGGCACAACCGCUAUUGACUAUAGCAAAAGGCUUGAGGCAAUCACCAGCUUAUUCUUACUUAAACCGCGUAAGAAACUACUCGAAUUUAUACGUGUCCAGAGAAACUGUAGUCAACAGGAUUGUCAUUGAAGAUAAUGCAGCUGUAGCUGUUGAAGCGGUACAUAAAGAUGUUAGUUACACUCUGAAAGCAAGAAAGGAGAUAAUACUAUCAGCUGGUGUGUUCAAUUCACCAAAAAUACUACAGCUGUCUGGUAUAGGACCAAAAGAACAUUUGGAAGCGGUAAACAUACCUGUAGUAGCUGAUCUUCCUGUUGGCGACAAUUUGUUGGUUCCUGCUGGUACCGUUGUUGUUCACAAGACUGACAAACAUACUUUGAUACUUCCUUCACCAACUGACUUGGCAGGAGCAUUAACUCCCACACAAAUACCGGUGCCUCUCAUGAUGGCAAACAUAGCUCUAAACAAAAGCUCAAAUAUCCCGAAUCAUCAGAGUUACAAUUUGUUUUUCGGACACGACACGCCAUUUUUGACUCUAGUAUGUACUACUGUAUAUGGGUUUAACACCGAAAUUUGCUUGAACUGGCAGAAAGAGACUGUUAGAAGAGAUGCCUUGUACAGUGUUAUAGUGAAUUUGGAUACGACAUCAACAGGAACUGUUCGUUUGAAUACGACAGAUACAUCAGCUGAGCCUGUGAUUGAAACUGGUAUUUACAAAAACGAUGUGGAUUUAGAUAACAUGGUGAACAACUUAAUGGACUUUGUUAAAAUUGGAGAAACCCCUACUUUCGUUGGAAAAGACGCGGCUGUAGUUGGCGUUGAUUUUGAUGAAUGUGCUGACAAAGAAUAUGGUACUAGGGAAUUUUGGUCAUGCUAUGCGUUACACAGAGGUAUUUCACCGUUCCUGUACAUGGGUACUUGUCCUAUGGGUACUGUGGUUGACGGACAGUUGAAGGUCAAAGGGAUAGAUAAUCUGAGGGUAGUGGACGCCAGUACUUUCCCUAAGGUUCUGCAUGGUGCUACAAAUGCUGCAGUGAUCGUCUUAGCAGAGAAAGCAGCUGAUCUGAUUAAAAGCAGUGCUUAGUUUACAAAGACAAGGAAACGUACUAAUUACGUGCAUACACAAAGGACUGCUGAUUUCUACCAAUAAGAUAAUGGUUCGAUUUAGAAAAACGGCUGUUUGUUAUAAAGUUAAUACCAAUGUUGAGGAUUAA